AUGCUUCGCGCCAUACCUUUGAAAGGUGGGCUCAAUGUCUUUGUACCGUCGCUUUUCCACCGUAAUCAACUACUUAGGUUCUUUGCCACAGCUGGUGCUCUCUCUAGAACUAGUCCAAAAAGCAUUAAGAAAAUUUUUGAUGACAAUUCAUACUGGAGAAAUAUCAAUAGUCAGGAUGUUAAUAAUAGCAAAAUUGCACAGUAUCUUUUUAAAAAGAAUAAAACUGGACUUUUCAAGAACCCUUACUUGACUUCCCCAGAUGGUUUACGUAAAUUCAGCCAGGCUUCUUUGACGCAAGCAAAGGAACUCCUCGAAAAAAUGAGAAAUGACUUUAGUGAAGAUGGUAAAUUAAGCUAUAUUAUGAAUUUGGACAGGUUAAGUGAUACGCUAUGCCGAGUUAUUGAUUUGUGUGAAUUUAUCAGAUCGACACAUCCAGAAGAUGAAUUUGUGAAGGCAGCCCAAGAUUGCCAUGAACAAAUGUUUGAGUUUAUGAAUGUUUUAAACACUGAUGUCUCAUUAUGUAAUAUGCUCAAGUCCGUUUUGAACAAUCCUGAAAUAGCACCGAAAUUAAGCGAAGAAGAGCUUAAAGUUGGUAAAAUCUUACUGGAUGAUUUUGAGAAGUCAGGAAUAUAUAUGAACCCUGGUGUUAGAGAAAAGUUUAUUCAGUUAUCCCAGGAAAUCAGUUUAGUAGGUCAAGAAUUCAUCAAUCAUAUAGACUAUCCUGGUUCGAAUUCUGUAAAGAUACCAUGUAAAGAUCUGGACAGCAGCAAAGUGAGUACUUUCCUAUUGAAACAAUUAAAUAAAGAUGUAAAAGGGCAAAAUUAUAAAGUGCCUACAUUUGGCUAUGCAGCUUUUGCUUUAUUAAAGAGUUGUGAAAUAGAGGUGGUAAGAAAAAAGAUAUGGACCGCACUGCACAGUUGCUCUGACAAACAAAUCAAAAGAUUGGACCGUUUGAUUAAACUGAGGGCAGUUUUGGCCAACUUGAUGCACAAAGGAAGUUAUGCAGAAUAUCAAUUAGAAGGUAAGAUGGCAAAGAAUCCGAAAGAUGUUCAAGAUUUUAUUUUGACCUUAAUGAAUAAUACUAUAGACAAAACAGCAAAUGAAUUGAAAUUUAUAGCUGAUCUUAAAGCCAAAGAUCUCAAGAAGCCAUUGACUACAAAUACGGACGAAAUAUUAAAACUUGUGAGACCUUGGGAUAGGGAUUACUACACUGGCAAGUAUAUACAAUUAAACCCGUCAAAUGUACCUAGUGCCAAAGAGAUAAGCUAUUAUUUCACAUUAGGCAAUGUUAUUCAAGGUUUGUCAGAUUUGUUUCAGCAAAUAUAUGGUAUUAGAUUAGAGCCAGCGAUCGCCGAUGAGGGCGAAACAUGGUCUCCCGACGUAAGAAGGUUGAAUGUAAUAUCUGAAGAGGAGGGAAUUAUUGGUAUAAUAUACUGUGAUUUGUUUGAAAGAAAUGGCAAGACAUCAAACCCGGCACAUUUCACAGUUUGUUGUUCUAGGCAAAUAUACCCUCAUGAAACUGACUUCUCAACCAUUCAGGUCGGUGAAAAUCCAAACGGCUCUUACUUCCAAUUACCUGUCAUUUCACUCGUAUGUAACUUUUCCCCUGUACCAAUCGCUUCUAAGAAAAGUCUCUGCUUCUUACAACUUAGUGAGGUUGAAACGCUUUUCCAUGAGAUGGGCCAUGCUAUGCACUCAAUGCUAGGAAGAACUCACAUGCAGAAUAUAAGUGGUACAAGAUGUGCUACUGAUUUCGUUGAGUUACCAAGCAUCCUGAUGGAACACUUUGCUAAGGAUAUACGAGUUUUGACAAGGAUUGGUAAACAUUACGAGACCGGAGAAACCAUUCAGAAAGGUAUGUUACAGUGCUUCAUGAAAACUACAAACUUCCUCCAAAACUGUGAAACAUACUCUCAAGCCAAGAUGGCUAUGCUGGACCAAUCAUUCCAUGAUGAAAAAAUUAUGUCUGAUAUUGAUAAUUUUAAUGUUGUUGACAACUAUCAGGCACUCGAACGACAUUUAAAAGUUUUGGUCGACGACCAGAGUAAUUGGUGUGGAAGGUUCGGCCAUUUAUUUGGAUAUGGAGCGACUUACUACAGUUACUUAUUUGAUAGGACAAUAGCUUCUAAAAUCUGGUACACUUUGUUCGAUGAUGAUCCAUAUAGUCGAAACAAUGGUGAUAAAUUUAAAAAGCAUUUACUGAAAUGGGGCGGACUGAAGGAUCCUUGGAAGUGCAUUGCCGAUGUCCUAGAGUGCCCUAUGCUAGAGAAAGGGGGCAGCGAUGCUAUGGAAUUUAUUGCACAAUCUCACAAAUCUUAG